AAGUAGACGCCCGCUGCAGGAAUGCUCUUCGCGUAGAAUGGUGCACGCUCAUGAACUAUGCUCAUCUCUACAAAAUGCCUUCCGUGUGCGGCAGCAACGCAUAGCAGUUCCGCACACCACAGCCAUCCUCCGGAACGGCUUCAUAACCUCUAUGUACCGUGGAACAGUAGGUGAGCCUGAUCCGCUUGAGUUUCUCGACGCUGGAGUGGCGCAGCGGCGGAUUUGGGUGGACCUGAAGUACCGCGAGGAACGGCCGGUCUUGAACGCCAUGGAGCUCGUCAGCAAGCCGAGCAAGGCGGUUCUCAUGGACUUGGAUGCUCUGCGGCUGAUAUGUUCGGGGAGGAGAACGCAGGGCGUGAAGCCGCUACGGAUGGGCGAGAUUGCGAUCGUACGGACGAAGAACCAGGAGCAUGAGUGGGUGGAAGCGAGGGAGGCGCUGCAACUAAACCUUGGGGGAGAGAUCAUUUGCCGGGCACGGUAGUCAUGUUGGAUCUCAUUCGUUUUUUUCCUUGGGGAGCCCUAUAUACCUUUUCAUGGUACAUGAGGCACGGCCAUCUAUCGUUAAGCGGUCUCGUCAUGUUGUAUAACUCCGGGAUAUACAGUUGACUCAGGAAGGGAAAAUUACGACCCAAAGUCUCCACCAUCAGCAUGAGCAUCCACUCACUCAGCGCACGAAAUGCAUUAUACGUUUGACACUUAAUACUACAUACUAGGCGCUAGGUAGCAACUUGCGCAAGACUUCAUCUACGUCGACGUCUCCGUGGACUGGCCAGUCGCUCUCCCUGAUCAUCUCGUUCUCCGCCAGCAAGGCCCAGUUCGGCGAGGGCGUGGGCCGGAUAUGAGAGAAAUCUGGCUUGGAAAGGUUGUUGC